ACAAACCGUCAAUCAGCGAAUCGCGUCGCUAUUGGUUAGACGCGGCUGGGUCCCGCCCUGGCCGAGCCGGACCGGGUGGCGGCCACCAUGGCGGCGGCGGCGGGGGGCGCGGGCGGCGGCGGCGCGGACGGUGAUGUCCCCGCCGCCACCCGCCUGCAGGCCUACGCCUGGUGCCGCGAGUUCCUGGCCGGCUCCUGGAAGCUCAUCGGCCCCGACGAGUUCGGCAUCUCGCUCGUCAGCGGGGGGCUCAGUAACCUGCUGUACAAGUGCGCGCUGCCCGAGCACGUGCCGAGCGUGGGGGACGAGCCCCGGCAGGUGCUGCUGCGCGUCUACGGGGCCAUCCUGCAGCUCCAUUUCAUCCGGCACUACCUGUGGGGGCAGCCCGGGGGUCCCUCGGGGCCGCCGCGGGAGGAGCGGCAGCGGCUGGAGGAGGAGCUGCUGCGGGAGACCGAGCG